AUGUUAAUGCAAAUGCCUUUAUGCUUUGCGUUUAUUUUCUCCUGUUUCUCCUGUUGGUGUUUUGUUGCGGGGGGCCUCAUCAAGCAGUGGCCCCCAGCGGACUUUCCCAGCACGGAAAAACUUGAACAGGAAGUUGAAUCCCUUGGCGCCUUGCCCUCGGUCGUGGCUUCCGCGAUCGGACAGCGAGACCUCCACCCAGUACUGCGACGCGCCGAAGCUGAAUGGCCCUGUAAAGGAGACGCAACGCAUGCAUGCAGCACAGGAGUGAGAGAUUUUACGCUGCCUUGCCCUGAGGGCUUCGCGCUACGACCCGAUGGAGAAAGUUGUGAAGCGAUCCCAGGCAGCUACUCGGGCAUGUGCCCUCUCGUGGCGAAUUUUAGCGGUUUCAGCGACGCAGCAAAAAAUUCGUGGAGUGUACGCUGA